UUCCUUGCUCAGUAGUGCUGCUGUUGUCCUCUUUGCUAGUCGAGCUGUAGUGGUAUAUAUAUAUAAAUGUAUGUAUAUAGACAUCUAAGGAGAUAGAUAUAUAUGUAUGUGUGUAUAUAUAAUAUCUUGGAGAACGAGUUAUUUAUUUAGCGGUGAAUUGUCAGCCGUCCGGCCAUUCAGUUUUAUUUAAUUUGCAAAACAGAAGAAAUUGAAACAAAAAUUGCUAAACGCGAAAACUAUUCGCGAAAAAAAUUGGACAUUACUUAAAACCUACCAAAUACCUGAUUAAGGAAGCAGGUAUUCGAGUCUGGGAGAAAUAAUCCCACAUUUAACAAGGCCACUGACCCUCUCCGUUAAUUAAUUGUAAUUGACGCUGUUAAACUAAUAUUUAUUAUUAUUAUUAUUGUCACUGGGCAAAAUAAAGAAGGCGGGAAAACAAUUCGAAAAUUAAAUGAUUAUAAUCGAUAAAUUGAUUAAAAAUCAAACGAACAUGUUGAUUUACGAAAUUAUCUCGAGUUUAUCGAAUUUUACGUGAUUAAUGACGAGAAGGAAAAUUCGCCAAAAAUAUGGAGAAGAAAUAAAUAGACAUUGUUAAUAUGUCUUAAAUAAAUAAUCGAACUGAGAUAUUUAAUAAUUCGUCAACGUGAAGCAGAAACCAUGAAUAUUGGAGAAAGGAGCAGCUUCUGUGCAAUGGAAUCAAUCCGGCCUGAUCUUUCCUUGCACCUCUGGCCAAUUCUGCAAGCACCCCCUUCACCUUUUCGUAAUGAUGGUUGCAUCACCAUCUACUCCACCCUGGGACACCUCAUACAUGUCAUUGAAGAACUGAAGACCAAAGAAAAACACAUUGCUCAACUGGAACAAGACCUCGGUCACCAGUCUGGAUACAUGAUGCAACUAGAGAAGAAAAUUUCUUCUCAGGACAAAGGUCCAAAUCCAUCGUCACCAGGUGGAGCCACCACACCAAGCAAACCAACAAGCACAGCGCAUAACUACAGCCCUAGCAAAGACUCUGAUGGGAACCAACAAACAAACUUGAAAGAGAACAGCAGUUGCCAAAACAGUAAAAACAAAGUGCCCGGUUACCUGGCAAGGAAGAGUGACAAAGAAAACUCCACCUUCCUUGCACAGAUCCGCAGUCUACAGCAAAAGAUCUCUGAACAGUAUAAAACCAUCAAUGCUCUCAGACAAGCAUGUUCCGAAAAAGAUAGAAGAAUUGAAUUAAUCCAACACAGAAAAAUGAAGAAGCGAUUACGAAGAUCUUUGGAAAAGUGUGCCAGCACCAAUGGAGAUGAUGAUGCUUGUUCUGUUGACUCCGAAGUAUCAGUCUCCUCUCUACCCAUGGACAAUGGUACAGAUGAAAACCAGCUGGAUAUUUGGGAUGAGUAUGCUCGAGAGGAAAUAGAACGUAGCUACCGUCAGUUGAUGCGUGAACACUUAGAACUGAAAAAGUCUUACACGCUCCUUCAGGCACAAACUUCCAGUGCAUUGGACCCAGAACGAGAAUUGAAGUUAUGUCGUACUCUGGAAUCGGAUCUCUUCGAAGCUCAGUGUAAAAUUGAAGAACUGAAAGCUUUACUACAAACAGAUGGUUUGGAACCACGGCUACUUGAAGAAAAAGAGACUCUACAAUCAGCCAACAUUGAAAUGCAGAAAAAGUUGAAAAAGAUGGAAGAUAAUGAGGGCAAGCUACAGGAAGAUCUCUCAGAAGCCAGGGAACAAAUUGAAGAUUUAGAAUUUCGGAUUCUAGAAUUAGAGGAAAGUCAGAACACGGGUGUAGAAGAUUGUAAUGAUGCUCUUGAAGAUUUCCUCGAAUUUGGCAAAACUCAUCAACUGAAUUGUGAUGAAGAAAGUAAAAAAUCAGUUGGAGUGAAGAGGUCAUUAUUUAGAGAGGAAAGAAGAGGAGGAGAUGGUGAACCAGCCAGUAUUAUUUCCAGUGAGAGCGGGGAAGAUGAACAAUUGUUAAGGGAAGAAGUGAACAGCUUACGAAAGCAGAUCAUUGAACUCACUGAACGACCUGUCAUGGAUUUCCCACCAAAACCCUCAGAGAUUAAGACAGAGGCAGGACAUCCAACAGAAACUAAGGAUGGUAAAAAACUUCAAGAAUCCAAAAAGCGGAUUGAAGAAUUGGAGAAAAUUGCUAUUGAACUCCAAGGUAAAAUAAUCGGUUUGCAGCAGGACAAAGUUCAAUUAGAAGAACAACUUUCACAGAAGUCUUAUUCCAACUUAAAACUGGACAAGGAACCUAAAGAUGCAGAGGAAGUAAACAUCGAAGAUCAAGUCAGUGUUGUCAGCUGUCAGGACAUGGUGUCUAAUGAUAUUGCUGAAACCAGUGAGACAUUAGGCACAAAACGUCUUUCAGUUGGUGAGACUGAAGAAGUGGAUGAUGACAAAGUAACAUCGAGUUUGUCACAGGUUAAACAUAAUAAGGAUGAUGAUGUAAAAGGUUCCGGUGACUUUGUACAAGAUUCCUGCUCCAAGUUGGAAGAUCCCUCUGAAACAGCAGUGGCAGAAGAUGAAGCUGCUGGGGUUGAUGAAGAAAAGAAACAGAACCUGGUGGAAGAAAGUUGGAGAGAGAUUGAGUCAGCCAUCAUUGAUGAGACAAUCGCAGAACUUGCUGCUGGAAACAAUAACAACAAUAACAGCAACAGCAAUGAUGGCAGAGGUGGUGAUGGGGAUGAUCUAACCUCUUCUUUAGAUAUUGACAACUCAUUGCUUGCUGACAUGGAAAAUGUCAAUGAUAAUGAUGAUGUUGAUGUAGAGGAAGAUGAGAACCUGCAGUUACUGGAACAACAGAGCGAGUGUCUGGAGAGUAUAAAACAGAUCCUCAGCGAGCAGGGUAUUUUGAGUCAUGUCGAGAUGAUGCUGCAGGAGAUGGAAGAGAUCAAGGAAGAGAAUGCUGCCCUCAAAGAAAGGCUGACUUCAGGUGAUGUUACACUAGCCAGUGGCGAAGUGGUCAAUGUGGACGUAGCCAUAGAGAAAUUACAUCAGCUGGAAGAGGUCUGCGAGAACCUCCGUGAUAAAGUGCACACGACAGAGCAAUCUGAGAUGCUACUGAAAACCAAGCUGAAGCAUGCCGAAGAUACUGUCGGCGAGUUAGAGUCCAGCGAGAACCUACUGAAGGAGCAGUUGGCUAAGAUCAGUCUAAGAGAGGCCGAGUGGAAGACGAAGGCUCAGGGUUUGUUGCGAAACGUCAACGAGUUGGAACAACUGCUGAAAGAGAAGGAUGUCAUCGAAGAAAAGUUACACGAUAAGAUCAAAGCACUUGAGGAAGCUGAUAUGAGAAACUCUCGGAAGCUUGUAGAAUUGCAAGAGGAUGAGAACCACUUGCGAGAAAGCCUACGCAAUAAAGAUGACCUCUCUGACCAAAGUGAGAUGCUGAAAACCCUGAAGAAGAAAAUCAAGGACCUGGAAAAAAGUAACAAAUUGCUAAAGAGUCGGGUUGUGGAACUUGAAGAUAGUGAGUGUGAAGUGAGAGAACACUGGAACCAAAUUGUGGAAACUGAUGCCAACAAAAUUGAGGGUCUGCAAGAGAAAGUGAAAAUGUUGGAAUCAUUAAACAGGGAACUGGAGAAGAAACUUCAGGAAGGAGAAGAAGAAUUUAUGACUGGGGUUUCCUUGGCAUCAGAACUGUCAUUCAGCCAAAACCCUCCAGAUUCCAAAGAAUCUACAGUGAGCUUUGAUUUGGAAACAGAAUAUAAGAACCUGGAGGAAAAGUUUCAAGAGGUUACGGAAGCUAAAAAUAGCAAGAUUGCCGAACUGGAAGACCAUUUGGAGAAGCUGUACAGUACUGAGCAGAAACUGAGUGAGACUGUUGCAGAAAUGGAAGAGAGAGAGCGGGAACUGCUUGCAAAAUUGAAACUCUGUGAAAACUCUGAUUUCUCUGUAGAAAAAAUGCUUAAAUAUGAAGAGCGUAUCAAAGAGCUCAGUUAUUCACAGGAAAAUUUGCUGAAUGCUAUAGAUACAGUAGCUGACCCCGAGAGCCAUUCACUGCAGAUAAUCAAUGCUCUGAAAGAUGAGUUGGUUUUGAGUUACCAGAAAAAUGAAGAGAUGAGUUUGAGAGAGAAAAAAUCGACUGAACAGUUGAGGAAUGAGAACAAUUCUUUGAAAGACCAACUUGAUAAGUUGUUAGAGAAAGAAUCCGGUCAUUUAGGCCAAAUUCUAUCCACAGAAAAGGGAAAGGAUGCUUUGCACAAUGAACAUUCUUUGGUUUCUCAAAACAGUAAGCAAGAAGUUCCGACAUCCUCACUAUUUGUGAGAAUUCAAGAACUUGAAACUGAAAAUCAAGAACUCAGAAUCAAAGUUGACGGUUCUCAGAAUGGAACCCUUUCUAAAGUCUCUUCGACAGUCUCUUCAAAUUAUGAACGGUUGUGUGAACUCGAGAAGGAGAACUCUGACCUUCUUGCUGAAGCAAGUCGGUUGCGAGAAGCUGAAUCUCAGUGGAAAGAAAUGGCAGAGAAGUUGGUACAGCUGGAGAGCAAUGAAGAACGACUCAUGGAGAAGGUAGUGGAACUUGAAGACAGUUGUGAAAGUCUAAAAGAGGAACUUCAGAAGGUACAUGGUGAUAAGAAAGAAAGCCAAAAUGAAUUGAAAGAGGAACGAGAAAAAGUUGGAAGUUUACUGAAACUAGAAGCAGAAAUAAAGGGCAGACUCCAGGCUGAAGAAGAACUUAAUGGUUCUCUUCGAGAACAACUACAAUCUUUCAGGUUGCGUUUGGAGGCAAUUAAGGAUGCGUAUGCAGACCAUGAACAUUCAAAGAUGGAGUUGGAAAAGAAAUUGGAGGAAGUUACUCGUGAUAAAAAUUUACUUGCUGAAAAACUCCAAUCUCUCACCCAAAAUCAGACCAUUCCAGUGGAUUCUACAGAUCCCAACCAAAAUUCAGCAGACCAUGACAUUCUGGAACAUUCCUCUCUAUCAUCAUCUGAUAGCAAUCAUUCCUCAGCAAAUACAAGCAGCUUACCUUUCCAUAGUACAGAAAACAAAUACCUUGGCCUCAUCAAUUCCCUUGAAGCCAGCCUCAAAGACAUUGGCAGCAAUCAGGCUUCCAGUGAGUUCCAAAACAAUAAACAAGGUCCAAUCGCAGAACAAGCAUCGAAGAGUAAAGAAGAGCUCAGUAAAGAAUUAGAAUCUGAACUUGCGGAUAUGAAUCGAGAGCAGCUCGUAGAUUUUUGUAGCACUUUAAAGACAGAUCUGAGGACAAAAUCACAGAAAAUUGAACAAUUUGAGCGAGAUUUCUCUGACUUUGUAAACAGAGUACAAUGUGGGACAGUCGUCUUCCGAGAUAAAGAAGUACGAAAGACUGUUCUCACAGAAGUCAAGACAUUCCAACAGCAAUGCAACUGUAAGGUUCCCAUUAAUACGCAAACUACCCUCGCCGGUGAAAAAGUCUCUCAAGGGGUCGAUACGGCUGAUCUCUUGAUCGACAACGUCACUGAGCAGCAGCAACAACAGCAACAGCAGCAAAAAGAUGCUAACGACAGCACGAUGGCACAUGUAGAGAUGCCUCACUCUGAGUACAAAGUAUGGAAGGCAAAGGUGGCUAUACUCACGAACAUUGAGGCGAACUUGCCCAAUGUUAAGGAAUCCCCACACCAGCUUGAACUCCUGCUACAGAUCCUUCAGAAAGGAAGGGAUAUUAUGUGCAGUGAUGAGAAUCAAGCUGGAAUUUCGAAUGAUCAACUUCUGAUUUAUGCCAAGCAACUUCAGACUUUAUCUCAAGGUUUGAACUCAACCACUUCCCCAGACGGAACUGGUACUGAUGCUGGCAAAGAAGUUUCUCAGGUGAAAACGGAGCAAUUAGGUGCAGGCAAGGAGGCGAAGGGGUUGUGUUCAAAAACUCCCUGUCUAUUCAACAAAGCAUCUAAAUCUGAUCGAAAGAAAGUAAUUAAAGAGCUAAUUAAUAGUCUCUCGUCGGAAGACUUGGUGGUGGUGGCCCAGAUCCUUAAACAACGAUUGGAUAAAGGAAAGGUGAAGAAGAGGGCACCGAAAGACCAAUUGAAUCCUUCAAUGAGCAAUGAACAAAAGGAAUUUGAAGAAAUCGAAGUAGAUAUGUGGCUGUCUUCUGAAGAUGAAGAUGGAAAUAAACAGCCAAGUACUGAGGUGGAACAGGUGCAGGCCGGCACCGAUUCCGUUUCAAAUGCUGCUGCUGCUGCACUGCCAUGCACGGCAUCAAAUACAGCAACAGCAGCAGAUGAAACCAAAACAAGCACAGAAGAUGAUGAAUGGAAGCCACCUUUGCCGAAAACCCCUCCUCCCGACCAGCCACCGACGCUCCUUGAAGAACCUGAGGUAAUUUUCGUUGACAAUAAUGACGUCACUGACAAACAUUUAAUUGAAGCCGAGUCAACUCUACCCUCGGCAGCGGCGGCAACCGUUAGCCAACAGCAACACAUGCCACAAACAGCCAACACAAAUGACCAAUCAAAACAACAGGUAAAUAUAUUGACCAAGGCGCUGAAUGACAAGAACAAAUAUAUAACAAUGCUGGAAGCUUCUAUUGAAAGACUUGGCCAAAUGUUGUCCCAACCACAGGGUUCCAACCCCGAUGCAGGUGUAAGAGAGGAAGCCAUUAAGAAGCUGGAGAGUCAGUUGAAGAGUCUUCAGCAAGAAUUGAGGCAACACCAUGUGGAAGGUCAACAAAGUCUGACCAGUUUGCGGACACAGCUUCAGGGUAAUACAGACAUCACAAACACACAGAAGAGGCAGAGUUUCCCGCAGUGCCAUCCACAAAAGCCAACACCUCUGGCACACUCCUACAGUACGACAGAUCUCUCCCGGAUCAGCUUCUCAGCAUCUGACGUAGAGAACUUGUUGAAAAUGCCUUACCCAGUCCGUGCCUGGCCAAGCUGUAGCCACCUCGCUCCGCAGACGUUCUCACGCACCGUCCGCAGGCGAAGUGACACAUUCGACCCAAAACUUCUUCCUGCAGGACAACAGCAGCAGCAGCAACAGCAACAUCAGCUGUUACUGCAGAGUAACCAUGGUAACAUUCCUGUUUCAACCUUACCUGGUUGGUCACCUGAUAAAACUUCUCUACAUCAUCUUCAACAACAGCAACCAAAAUCCCAGAUGCUAGCCCCUAAUUCUAUAUUUGUGGCAGCUUCAGAUUACAGUCCAGAGUUAUUUUCAGCUAGUGGCCACCUCCACCUUGAGAUACCACUCAAGGAAGGUGAUGUCAUUAUUAAAAAAGGACCUGUUGGUGCUAACGGUUAUUGUGAAGCUUUAGUGAAAGGUAAAGUUGGCUUGGUACCAUAUAAAUACCUACACCCAGUCAAACUUGAAACGAUGACAGCAGAGGAACAGAGAGCUCUACAUUUACAGUUCCGUGGUGACACAACAGAAACAAAUACAGAACACAUAAGACCACCCUCAGAAGUGGCAUCUUAUUUUCAAAAAGCCCACCUAACAUCCAUUCCAAACCUAACUGGUAACCAAUAUCUCCCGCCCGAACACGGCAGAUGGAACAACAGUGUCAGUAGUACUCCGCCACAUACUGCUGUUUCCGCUGCUACCACCACAUCCCCAACUUCACAGUUUGUGAAGAGACACAGUGGUGGCGGCGGCGGCGGUGGACAUAUCUCGCACACUCCUAUUAAAGGAUUGCCUGAAGCACCGUCCACCUUCCGUCUCGAAAGAAUAGUUGGAGAUAACAGUGUUCUUCUAAGUUGGCUCCCACCAAUGAUGGAUGAGCUUGACCAGAAUAAUGGUAUGCAGCUAAUUGGCUACCGGAUAUUCCUGAAUGGUCGGCUGUGCCAACAACCGGGAAGUGCACACCUUGCUAAAGCUGUGGUGGAGAACCUAGAUCUGUCUCGUCCACAGUACUUUGCCAUCCAGUCUGUUGCUGCCAAUGGUCAGAUGUCACCCUCAGCAGAGGUUGUCUUUGAAGGUUUGGAGCGAUGGCUCGAUGACGGCGAUAAAAGCACUGAGUCGGACACAGAUCUUUCAGAGAUCCUUCCUAGUCCCCUUGGUAAUUCAGGACCACAGAGAACGUUUGUUGCAAUCUAUGACUACAACCCAUCAGUGCAGUCUCCACAUGACUACGCAGAAUCUGAAUUACGGUUUAAUGCAGGUGACCUUAUCACAGUCUUUGGGAACCAGAGGUCAGAUGGAUUUUUCUGGGCUGAGUUAAAUGGUAACCAAGGGCUUGUCCCUGCAAGUUUUGUGGAAGAAGUUCCAACGAAAGGUUCUCGGUCAAAACCAGUGAGUCGCCAGAACAGCAACGCCUCCCAGAAAUCCCUACAGAACACAGUUGGUCGAACAAGUAAACUGACAGCUGACUCUUCAAAAUAGACUUCAGAGGUAACU